CCAAUCUGCAAACACCCCCCCUCCCACACCCACUCCCCAAAUCCACGGGGAUCAGGGCCGCUCCUGAUUGGUCGGUGGGGAGGUUGGGAGCGGUGUCAUCAUGUGGACUUAAAAACAGUGCAGCUAUGUUGAUCUGAGAACAACAGUGGAUCAGAACCGGAGGAAGGAGCGGAAACGCGCCGCCGAUGUUUGGCUUUUACGCGCAGCUCUUAUUUGAUUCCCGCAGCGAACCUGAAGCGCCUCCAUCUUCCCGUCCGGACCGAACAUGCCCAGAGGCUUCCUGGUGAAGAGGAGCAGGAGAACCACCCCGGUGUCCUACCGGGUCCGCUCCGAGGAGGAGGCGGAGCGCGCGGCCGCCGAUGCGCCUCCGCCGCGCCUUUCCUUCAUCCCCCCGCGCGCUCAGACCGGCGGAGCGGCGCCCGCUGCUCCGGCAUCACAUCCAGCCGCCCAGCCGGUGCAGUUCGGGAAUCCAGAGACGGUGUGCCAGGCUCUCUACAGCCCCACCCGACCCGUCAGUCAGGACCAUGAGCGCGCCUCGGAGCGGCGCUUCAGCCUCGGCUCCCCGGUCUCCGCAGAGUCCUUCCCCACGCCGGCUGCUCUCCCCGCGCUGGACCACCUGUUCGCCCCCAUCGAUCUGAAGACCGGUUCCGGAGCUCUCCCCACGGCAGGGGCCAAGCGGCCGGCGGGUGACGCGGAGCGAAGAGCCAAGGCGCCCCCCUCCAAGAAGACCAAAGCCAUCCGGAAACUGCACUUUGAGGACGACGUCACCACGUCCCCGGUCCUGGGGCUGAAGAUCAAGGAGGCUCCGCUGGAGCAGAAGCCGACCGGCGGUGAGCGCCCCCUCCUGGAUGGGUUUGUCUGCCAGCUGUGCCGCGAAUCCUACCAGGACCCGUUCUCCCUGGCGCAGCACAAAUGCUCCAGGAUAGUUCGGGUCGAGUACCGCUGUCCCGAGUGCGACAAGGUGUUCAGCUGCCCGGCCAACCUGGCCUCCCACCGGCGGUGGCACAAACCCAGGCCGCAGAGCGGAGCGCACAGCGAGCCGGCGGCAUCCGGCAAGGACUGCAGCGACAGAGACUCAUCCAGCCCCGAACCGUCCGAGUCCGGUUCGGAGGACGGACUGUAUGACUGCCCUCAGUGCGGGAAAAGGUUCAAGCGCCAGGCGUACCUGAGGAAGCACCUGGCGUCUCACCAGAAACCCGCAGAGCCGCAGCAGGACCACAAGGAGCCGCAAGGCUGCGGGAUCAGCGCGGGCCCGCUCAACCUCAGCGCGUCCACCGGACACGCGUGUCCCGUGUGCGGGGAAAGCUUCAGCAGCAGAGGCGGCCAGGAGCGCCACCUCCGCCUGCUGCACUCCGCCCAGGUGUUUCCCUGCAAAUACUGCCCCGCCCUGUUCCACAGCUCGCCGGGACUCACCCGACACAUCAACAAGUGCCACCCGUCCGAGAGCCGCCAGGUGAUCCUGCUGCAGGUGCCGCUGCGCCCCGCCUGCUGAGGCCGGGAAUUUUUCCCACUUUUCCGAAAUUUUGCCUUUUUAUGUUUUUUUGCAGCUUUUCUCUGAGAGGAAACUCAGAGCUGCUGGGACAGGGUGCCUUGCUCAUGGGCACUUUCCUCCGAUUGGGGGAAACUUUAGAAUCUGCACAAGUGCUAUUAGCUGGUAGACCUAAGAGAGGUCCGGUCCAAAUCGACCCGGUCUGGUUCUGGACAGGCCUGUUCCCAUCACUGUAGCUUUAAUAGGACUGGAUCAGUAGCUGCAGCAGGCAGAGGAUAGAGUAGCUGUACCGCUUCUUCACUUAGAGCCGCCUUCUGCUGUCAAACCGCCUUAAAACAUCACUUUUAUUUAUUACUCUAUUUAUUAAUUAUUUAUUGCUGUAAUCAGUUGAGUUGUCUUGGGGCUGUGAUGUGUUCAAGUGUCUCUAAAACAAUCAGUAAUGUCAUCAGCCGCUUCUGCAAUCACCUUCUCCUUUAUUUAUUGCUCACUUCUUGUGUUUCUGUGUGUUUUGCUCUCAAACUGCUCUGGAUGUUUCUGCAGUAACUUUUUGCUAAGUGUCCAAAAAAACAAUAAAACCAAACUGAGAAUCAGA